AUGGAAGGAUAUGCCAAAGUCGCCCAUUUGAUGGCAAAGUAUGAUGAAUUUGCCAUUCUGCGUCGCUUCAAAAUUUUGAACCACCAGGAACUCCUCUACAGCCAAGCAGAAAUCGUACACCUCGAGGAACGUCUACACCGGCUUGUCGACCGAGAUGCGGCCCAUCCUGAUCGGAACUUCUAUUCAAAGGACUGGUGGACACUAGCACACGGCCUAGAUCAAGAGGGACGAGAACAGUGGCGGACGAUACGGAAGCUGAGGAAGAAGCUGGACACGUACAAUGAGCGCCUUCUCAGACAGGCCUUUCUGGCCAAGCUCGAAGGGCCAAAUAAGCUCGACCUCGAGUUUCUGCAGGAAUGGUUCCAACGCGAAUCCAUGGGUGCAUUUCCAAUUCUCGGGCCGGACAUGGAUGCUUGGAACCAUACCGAAGAUCUCGUCGCGUUGAAGCCUCGGUCACCAAAAGAUCCCACCUCGUCAUGGUUCAUUACCACCAUAUUUCCGCUCUAUCAUCGACUAAUUGGGCAGAAGUUGAAGGACCCAGAAUCACCUGAGCUUGGAGAUGGAAUAUACAACUACAAGGAAUCGAUUCUGUCUUCCGCAGCAAACGUCUUCACAACAGUCGUCGCAUCGCUGCUCCCACUGCUGUCUAUCACAGUGCUCUACGUCAUCCAGUCGAAUACCAUGAAACUCGGUGUCAUUGUGGCUUUCUCCGCUUGUUUCUCGCUGGCUCUGGCGCUAAUGACGAAUGCUAGGAGGAUUGAGAUCUUUGCUGCCACAGCUGCCUUUGCCGCUGUCAACGUGGUAUUUCUGACGAAUGGUCCGUAUCUGCAGCCUCAGUGGACCUGUAUUCAACGGAUCAAUUAA